AUGUCUGCACCWCCAGAGCCGCCAACGCUCGACAAGGCGCUUUAUGCACACUUCAUGCACGUUAAAGACGCUCUUCGUAUAGAUAGUGUCGUGACUAGCAGCACCGGACUUGCCACGCAGUACCGCCUCAACAAACCCGGCAUCGACAACCGGUUGCUCAAGAACAUUACUGGGAUUUCCGACGUCAAGCUCAGAUGCCGCAUCUCGUCCAGCUUCGGGCAGGACUUGGUCGUGCUUCCACCAACCUUCGAGAAGAGCAGCCAUGGGGUUGAUCUUUUUCUCACCUUCAAUCUCCUAGCAAUCGCUCCAUCCAUCCGCCUCGAGGCACAUUUUGUCAAGAGAAAUACGCGAACCCCGUACCUCGAGCUCGCCCUCGAGUUUCCCUUUAACGAUCGGAGUGGCAAGCAACUACGCAACUUCAAAUACAGUUCAGAUGUCAAUACCGAUGAUGCGAACAUUAGCUUUACGUCGACUGGCGCCACAACUGAAGGCUUCACUCUCGUUUCCAGCGUACAGCACAAUUUCGGGCAAGAUGAGAAGAGUGCUUUGUGCAUAUUGGAGAGACUGGCCAACAAGUGCGAGGAGAGCAAGCUCCAUAUUUCCCUCAAAAUUCAAGAGUUGUGUCCCGUUGAUCAGGCCGUCUUCCAGGGGCUCAUCUCUCGCCUACCGGGCGGAGGACACCAUCUGCUUCCGUCCAUCGGCGUAUCUGAGUUCAGCAAUUACCCAAUUGACGACCUGGUCACGAUCCGCGGGCCCAACACACUGAUGACUUCGAGUCCUCCGAACCUGAUGAUACCGUUGCGCUGUCCCUUCACCUUUGGCUCCACCAAGCACUUCGCCGUGGAUCACCUCACCUGCGCCGCCAUGAUCGAGUGGGAGGGCCAGACACUGCUUCAGGAAUUCUGCAGGAUUCGUGAUCAUCGAAUCGCGUUGUACAGUCUGAAGGGUAUACCUAUCAUUGCUAUGAAUUUCGGGAACGCGCCACCAGGUCCUCUGCAAGACACAUGUAAGAACCUGCCAAACGAACUCGAAAUCAGGAUUACGUUGAAAAUACCGCACGAAGAAGAACAGCAGUUGGACGUACGGCACGAAGAAAAACAGCAGCAGUUGACUGCAGUACGGGACCCCUACCUGCCGGGCCUGCCAGAACACAACGCCUACUUUGUUGUCACGUCGCAUGAACAUCAUCAAGUCACUGGCACGUUCUCUACUAUUGGCGAUGAUCCGCACUACUAUUCGGUCUCUCGGCUGAUUCCGCACCCAAACAGCUUCUUGCUCAAAUGUUUGGCAAGUGCGGUCUCUUCGUUGGAGGAACCCGAGUACCAUCGAUUCCAUCCGAUCGCACUCGGACAGUCCUUUCACUCGGUCGAAUCAACCGACAACACCAAGGGUUUCGAGGCUUCGGCUUCUAAGAGUGAAAAGGCCUGGAACUGGUUGAUUGGAGACAUGAAUUGGAACAAAGAGCAGCGUCAACUCAUUGAACAACUCAAAUGUGCCAAAGGUGGUGUCACACUCGCGACCGGUACGGCCGGAACUGGCAAGACUACAGUCCAGAUGGCGAUGGCUGCAUACUUCGUCAAGAUGGGCGGUCGCGCUGCAUGCUUCGCUACGUCGAACAGCAAUGUUGCAACACAGGCCGAGGCCGUUGCCAAGCUCGCCGCAGCAACUUCGGGGUCUAAUAUUCGUGUGAUUCGCAUUGUCUCCGCUUCUAGGGGCGUCGGGUUCAGGCACAUGUCUGCAACACAGGCCCUGGCAAAGAAAGUGGGCCACAGUCAUGGCACCGUCUCCACAAUCUACGGCUUGAGAUUCAGGCAGGCUGGUCAGAACAAUGACAACUUGGAGGAUUGGGCGCACACCGUAGAAGCUUGCAUGCUUGAAGAGGCGGAAAAGGCGCAGCUCUCUCAUCCGUUACAGUAUGAAAACGAGGCCGGUGAAGAAAUCGGUCCGAUGCUCGAUGCAUGGGAUGAGUUUCGCCGGUACCUGGAACAGAGUCGUUCCAGUGCCUUCUGGGAAGAAACGAACAAKACCGCGAUUGAGCGGUAUGCCAAGGCCUUCGAGACGUGCAAGGGUCAUCUCAUUGGUAUCUCGGACAUUAUAAUGACCACGAACGGAAAUGCUCAAUGUACCGAACUCGUCAAACACUGGGCGCGAGCUGAGGAGCGGUACGGCAUCGCGAAGAUCACACGCCUUUUAGUGUCGAUUGAUGAGGUUGGAAAGGAGCAAGAGAUUCACGUCUGGAACGCGAUUCUCUCCAAAGGUCUUCCCCGGGUUCCGGAUUUUGUGAUGCUCCUGGGUGAUCCAAACCAGCUCAAACCCGUCAACACUUCAAUGACAAAAGAUCUGCAGUGUAAUCCAUUUGCCACCCGCGCAGGCAUGUCCAUGUUGGACAGGCUCCUUGCGCUGGAGUUCCCGCACACACAUCUGGUUGUCCAGCAACGCAUGCACCCGAUCUUGUGGGAAUUCCCGAGCACGGAGUUCUACGGGUCAGACCAGCGCAGUGCUAAAGGGUUGGACCGAACAUUGGAAGCUGUCGAGCCUGGGUUGAAGCAUGUUCUCGACAAGAUCAUUGGAACCGCGUAUAAUGGAGAGCUAGAUGAGGAGCGCACUGACUACAUGACCAGCGCCACUGACGUUCAGACGCGCCUACACUAUCUCGACUUUGGCGUAAGAAAAGUUGACCAGAACGGCUUCUCCAGGGCCAUUCCCGAUCAUAUCAAAGCAGUGUUCGAUUCGAUCUUUCCUGCCUUGCAGAAGCACUUCGGGGAGCGAACUUUUCGCGAAGUCUUGAUAAUCGCAGCGUAUGGCAAUGCGGUUCGCCACUACCACGCAAUGGUUGAGAAACUGAAGACGUCGCAGCGCCUUUCAGAUUCUUACUACCCGCGUAUCCUCACGAUCGACAAGGCACAAGGCCAGGAGUCCAAGAUGGUAAUUCUGGACAAUUCAAUGCAGCACUUCUAUAGAAUGGGCUUCACAACUGAUCCCGGUCGGUCUAAUGUUGCUAUGACGCGAGCGAAAGAGGUGUUCUGGAUCGUCGGUGGUCCUUUGACCGCCUUCCGUCCCCAUUCCAUUCCUCCGUCCUCCAAUGCCUGGGUCAAACUCAAGAAAUUGAUGCAAAAACGUCGGCAGGUUCAUAGCUUCACCAUCUAG